CUGUGGUCAGGGCCCGCUCAUCGGCUUCUUAAUCAUCUGCUCCCCGCAGAAACACAACACUGAUCGCUUAAUCGUGUUCACACACGCCGUUUAACAGCGGUCGCGUAGCGUGAAAUACCAAGAGAAGCGCAUUUAUUCCGCAUGCAGAUAACGGCACAAAUCUACUCUAGCUGUAGUUAGCGGUGCACGAUUCGAAUGCUAGCUCGUGCGCGCGCGCUCGCUCUCUCUCCUUCUCUGCUCCUGACGUCAGCGAGAUUGUCUGAGAGCGUCGAGCCCAGCGCGUUCUCUCUCCAUACUGACCCUCCAUUGUGAGCACGCUAACGAUGCCAGCGCUCGCAACAGUCACCACCGCCGCCGCCGCCCAGUAGAGACCUCCCAGCCCGAGGACCGAGCACCACGACCCCGUUACACAGACCGAGAGCGCGCGCCAGAGACUUAUGUUCCAGCCCAACGUUGUCUUUUGCGGGAUUUAAUGCUCUAGCUAGUCGCCGACAGGGAGAGAGCGAGAGAGAGAGAGAGAGAGUGUGUGUGUGUGAAAGAGAGAGAGAGAGAGAGAGAGAGGGAUAGGGACAGCCAUAGAGAGGAAUAAGGAAGAAACACGGAGGAUAUUUCUCAUCCGGACCAUUUUGGAGAUAAAAAGAGCCAAGGUUCACCUAGCCAUGGGAUGUACACUGAGCGCAGAGGAAAGAGCGGCUCUGGACAGGAGCAAAGCCAUCGAGAAAAACCUUAAAGAAGACGGAAUCACUGCUGCUAAAGAUGUGAAAUUGCUCCUGCUAGGGGCCGGGGAAUCUGGGAAAAGUACCAUCGUGAAACAGAUGAAGAUUAUCCAUGAGGACGGUUUCUCUGGUGAUGACGUGAAGCAGUACAAGCCAGUGGUCUUCAGCAACACCAUCCAGUCUCUGGCCGCUAUCGUGCGUGCCAUGGACACACUGGGGCUGGAGUACGGAGACAAGGAGCGUAAAGCUGAUGCUAAGAUGGUCUGUGAUGUUGUGAGCCGUAUGGAGGAUACCGAGCCCUACUCUCCCGAGCUGCUGUCCGCCAUGAUCCGCCUGUGGUCUGACUCAGGCAUCCAGGAGUGCUUCAGCCGUGCCCGCGAGUACCAGCUCAAUGACUCCGCCCAAUAUUACUUAGACAGUUUAGAUCGGAUCGGUGCUGCAGACUACCAGCCCACAGAGCAGGACAUUCUGCGAACUCGAGUGAAGACCACCGGGAUUGUAGAAACCCACUUCACCUUUAAGAAUCUGCACUUCAGGCUGUUUGAUGUGGGAGGUCAGAGGUCGGAGAGGAAGAAAUGGAUCCACUGUUUUGAGGAUGUGACUGCCAUUAUCUUCUGUGUGGCUCUGAGUGGAUACGACCAGGUGCUCCAUGAAGACGAGACCACGAACCGCAUGCAUGAGUCAAUGAAGCUGUUUGACAGCAUCUGCAACAACAAAUGGUUCACAAACACCUCCAUCAUUCUCUUUCUCAACAAGAAGGACAUAUUUGAGGAGAAAAUUAAGAAAUCUCCCUUAAGUAUCUGCUUUCCAGAGUACACAGGUCCAAACACUUACGACGAUGCAGCUGCUUACAUUCAAGCACAAUUCGAAAGCAAGAACCGCUCGCCUAAUAAGGAGAUCUACUGUCAUUUGACCUGUGCCACGGAUACAGGAAACAUCCAGGUGGUGUUCGAUGCCGUGACCGACAUCAUCAUCGCCAACAACCUGCGAGGCUGCGGCUUGUACUGAGGCCCGCCCCCUCCCUCUCGAGCCACUCCUUUGGAAAUGAUUACUAUUGAAAAUGCAAGUUGGUAAAUAAUGAUAAUGAUAAUUUUAAAAUAGGCAUAUACAAAUAUAUAAAUAUAUUAUAUAUAUAUGAAAUGUUUUUAGUUUGUCUUUCAAAGAGCUGCCAACAGAACUGAUUUCUUAUAGAAACCCAGCCUUUAUGGUUUUAGAACAAAGUUGGGACCUUUUUUUUUUUUUUGUGCGUGUGUUUUUGUUUCCCUUUGCCGUCGUACGUUUCGUUCUGCCCCCUUUUCCAUCGUGUCUUUAUCGUUUGAACUAAACAACCCUCAUUUUCCUUUUUGAUAAAUGUCUUUCUUUUACUAUUUUUUUUAAUGUUUUAUGUCAUUGUAUGUAUAUUUAUUACAUGAAUAUCAGUCGGGGGGGGGGGGGGGGGUACAUGUUUGCCUGGCUAUAUGAAUUUACUUUGACGAUAAUGUGACAUUAGCUGAAUCCACAGUUAUGCUAGUCUCAAGCACUAUGGUUCAAGUCAGUUGUAGCGUGUUCCCGCUCCCGAUUUGUAAUCACUGUAGUACCGUUCGAUAUAUCGUAGAGAAUGGACACACCCACCAGGCUUUUCUUGCGUUUCGUCUACCCGUCCCCGUCCCUAGGUCAGCUUUCUGGGGAAGGUCCCGGCGCAGCUCGGCGCCCGUCGAACCAGUCCGAUGAUUGCGAGUAUCAUAUCAGUGCCAACCUUCUGAGAAUGACGUGUCUGGGAAUAGUACUAGAAACACUAGGUCACUGUUAUGAAAACUUAUUAACAUUUUGUCUUGUAAGGAACUUUUACUUUUGUAUUGUUGUUGAUUAAUUUAUUAAUUUAUUUAUUGAUCAUCUGUCCCACACACUUCCUUUGUACUUAUUACACCUCGUCCAUUCUUCUACCUCUCGUCCAUUGUCACCCUUCCCUCUUCAUUCCUUCUCUUUCUUAGGUUUCGUCCUGUUUUAGUUGGCUGGGUAAUGGAGUCCCCGUCACUGAUAGCAUGACCCCUCAGCCUUUGUAUAAAGAAACAGCUAACCGCUUCACAUAGCUAAUGGUGCGAAAAUAAAAUAUGAAAUAAAAAGAACAAAAAAAAAAAGAAAACCGAAAAGACAGACGCAGCAAAAAGAAAGGGCGGGGUUAGGGGGAGGGUGGGUAGAUGUGGGGCUCGGAGAAAUGACGUGGAGGCUCAUUGGGCUGUCGGUCUUUGUAGGAAGCUAUAGAUCCUCCAUUUCUAGAAUCUUUACAAGUAGACAUAAUUGAGAAAAAAAAAAGAAAAAAAAAUGGAUGACAAUAAUAACAACAAACGAUGAUGAUGAUGACGACGACAACGACGAUGAUUACAAUACCAAUAUCAAUGAUUAUUCUGUAAUAUUAUUAAAGGUAUAUUUCUUGUGCUUUGUAGCUACAGAACUUUUUUUUCUCCCCCUCUCUCCCCCUUUUUUUUUCUAAAAAAAGAAGAAUUUUGCAAGGGUUCCUGUGAUCCACUCUUGAACCGUUCUUACUGACUUACCCAUGUUGAUGUUGAAGAACUGUACUGAUUCUUUUUGCCUGUUCGCCCUGCAUUGCAAUGUCUUUACUUAGCCUGAAUUACAGUAUGUGUAUUGAUUUUUUUUAUUUUUAUUUUUUUUAUUUAAAAAAAAAAAGUAUUUUCUUUUGUUUUCGAACGAACCACUUUUUUUUGGUGGCACGGCCCCGCCCCCGGUGCUGGAGAGGGCGGGGCUGUGCACGGCUGUACAGAUUCAUGCGCUUUCUCUUGGUUUUUUGAGAAUUGUACUCAAACACCUUCCAGGUCUGCAUAGAAAAGCACAGCUCUCACCUAUCACACGUAGAUUUGGAAAGAUGUAUCUAUCCUCCCUCUCUGCCUUCUCAGUUUGAAAUCAAUGAAAAAUAGAAGAAAAAAAACCUGUACAAUUACCUACACUACUGUUAAUUUUAAAUCUCCUUCCCUUCUUUUUUAAAUCCUUUCUUUUUCCUCUCCAAGUGAAUGCUUUUGUGCUGCUUUUUCUCCCUCUUCUUUAGUGAAUGGUUGUUCUUUCAUGUGGGAUGUUCGUGCUGGAAAACCAAUCGAAUGUAGUGUUUACAUUAAAAGCCACAGUUUUCAUGACUACAA